AUGCAAUGUGAGAUGGAAUCAGGAGGGCACCAAGCUAGCAUGUGUAGAAAGCACGCGCCACCCACACUCAAACGUCCGAUACAAAAGCCAAAUUUGCAUUUGUCCAAUCCGGUUGAAAAGGAGUGGAACGGCAGCUUCGACUUUUCUUGCGAUGAUUUGUGCUGGCACGAUGCCAAGCUCGCAGUAGUUUCGCUGGAGGAAGGCAUGUUUGGAAUUUUUCAUCUAGAAGAAUCUGGCAACUUUCACAAAGAGCAUGAAGACAAAAUAUGGGCGGUGCAUGAUACCGAUACUGCUUCUUUGUGCUGGACUCCGGGGGGCUUCAUGCUUGCAACAAAAACAAACGGCCCCUAUUGUGAUGGACCCGCAGUUGUUGGUCUCUAUGUUUGGCACGAGAACGAGAGUGGAAGUUCCCGAGCGCUGAAAGAGGAAAAAGUCGAGUUCGAUCGUGAAAAUUUUGAUCAACUCUCGCAGUUGUGCUGCGACCAAGAGGGCAAGUUCAGAUUUUGCAUGACACGCUAUGCCUCCGUGGAUGAAAGAAGAGUUGCCACCAGUGCCUACGUUUUGUGCUACGUGUGGAACGAGAGUCGCAGUCGCUACGUGAAAGAGGAGGGGGAGGAGAAGAGAAGAGUUUUUGACUUUGGUGACGAAAGCGAGAUCAAACAUGUGUUUUGGAAUCCAGACGGUACCAAGCUCGCAACAGCUUCGUUCGAUGGAACCUGCCAGCUCUGGACAGAAAUAUCAAACGCGAGUUUCCACCUUACAGGUGUCAGAGGUCUGUGCUGGGAUUCGCGCAGCACCAAGCUCGCAAUCAUAUCAGAGCACAGCGCACAAUCAUAUCAGAGCACUCGACUGGGUGGCCAUCAUUUAUUGUGCCACAUCAAAUUUCUGGCAGACGCUGAUGUGCGUGGGUGCUGGAAUCGGGACCGCACCAAAGUACUUGUAAUUCAAGACGCGAAGGAUGAAUAUAGUCCCAUUGUUGGUGAACUCUCAACCCUUCAUCUAUACAUGAUGGACAGGGAGUCCCAAGACAAAAGCGACACAUUUAGAGAACUGCACAUUUAUCGACUCGGUGGUGAACGUUGUCUACAAUGGAACUGGGAGGGCACCAUGCUCGCGACAUGUCAACCUGAUUCCGAGCAAUGCAAAGUUUGGCAGUUCAAUAACUUCUUAUGGGAAAGCAAGAGUUCUUCUAAGCACAAGCUUGGCAUUCAAGCCAUAGCCUGGAAUCCAAAGGAAGAUACACUUGCAAUACUUUCACCAGAACAGUGCUCCCUUUGGGAUUUGACGAAGGAGAAGGAGGUUCGCUUGCAGCUUUGGGCCAGCUCUGUGUGUGGAAUCCAGACGGCACCAAGCUCGCAAUAG